GAAGCGCUUUUCCAAACCGCCGUUCCCAACCACACCUCUCUCUCUCUCUCUCUCUCGCGCGCGUCGCCAUGGUCGCAGCUUCGGGGGCCGCUCUUUGCUAUUUUUGCCCUAACCCUAGACCCCCCUCCUCUCUCCUCUUCUCCUCCUCCACUCUCCCUGUUCUAUACCCUUCAAACCCUAGAUCUCGCCGCCGCAGCGCGAUUCCCCAACUAGGGUUCCAUUCCCUCUCCACCUGGAGCGGUCUCAAGCAUCUCGGCCUCUCCUCUCGCCAUUAUCUCGCCCGAAGAGUUGCAGAAAGGAAGGAUAGAUGUCGUGGGAGAGUUGUUUAUGCCUCUUUAUUCGGAGUUGGGGCUCCAGAAGCAUUGGUGAUUGGUGUUGUGGCUUUACUAGUCUUUGGCCCCAAAGGUUUAGCCGAGGUUGCCCGUAAUUUGGGAAAGACCUUGCGUGCUUUCCAACCAACAAUUAGAGAACUUCAGGAAGUCUCAAGGGACUUUAAGAACACGCUCGAACGGGAGAUAGGACUUGAUGAAGUUGCUUCUUCCUCUUCAAAUUACAAGUCCACACAAUAUAUGAAUAACAAUCAGCAAGCUGUUGCAGACCCAAAUGGCAAGCCAGCAAAUGUGCCCUACUCUAGCGAAGAGCUUUUGAAAGUCACCGAAGAACAAUUGGCAUCAUCUGCAACGAAUGCUCAACCAAACCAGCCAGCUUCUGCAGAACAACCACAAGCAGCAUCAAUAACUUCAGAAAAUACAGUUAACACUUCCUCAGAGGCGACAGCUUCCGCCGCUGCAACAGAGACUCCAAGUCAGAUACAAUCAUCUGAGAAGGCGGAAGGCGAGAGGUGAAUUUGUGCACGAGUUCCCUGUUGUUGUUUAGGUAAGAGAGAAAAGUCGCACAACACGGUAAGCUUUUUGUAUAUUGUUUAGCCGAGCGAAAGAGGGAAAGAGGGUUUUGGUGGAUACUUUUUUGUAAUGUGACUUUGAGGAGAACUGGUUGUUUUUGUAUUCAAAUCCCUGCAAGCAAUUCCAAGCUGCAAUUUGGAGUCUGAA